UCGUUUUUGAGCAUGCGUUAGAUUCCCAGUCUUGACUCAACAGGUUGCUACUCGGACCAAACCUACUGGGACAAAUAUCUGAUGUUUUUACAUUUCUUUCUUUUCUUUUUUUUCUUUUUCGUUGUUGUUUGGGUCGCCCUGGCGACCCGCCUGGCAGAGUGCGUGCCACCGCGUAAGGCUGAGCCCUUAUCGCCGCGGCCUGGGUUCGAAUCUGGCCGCGGGUCCUUUGCUGCGCGUCACCCUCCCCUCUCUCUCCCCUGCCCUCUCCCGUCUCUCUCGGCCGUCGCGAAUUAUAAAUAAGAGACACCUCGUUCUUCCCCCCGAGGUGGACUACUUGAGUGUUUAGCAACUAGCUAGCGAGACCGACAGUAGUGGUAGCUUAGCCAUGAUGGAGUGGAGAGGGAACGGAGCUUCAGUGUUCCUGGAUGCGGAGCCUCGCGGUGACCCAGCCUCCACCUCGAAGGGCUAUGGUGGUGCCCAUCUUCACCAGCAGUCAAGUUCGUCCCCCUAUGAUAGUGCCAUGGCCUCUCUAUGCCAGAGCCAGCAGCGCUGUGUGAAGGCUUCUAUCGUUUCCAGCUGGAGACUGGCAGAGACUCAGGAUCAGCUUUGUUCUUUGGGGGUCCACGGCUCUGAGUCACUAGAGCAGGAAAGGGCCCGGAUCUUGGCCUGCCCCACAGAGCUCGUGCACACUGAGCAGGAGUGGCGGCGUAAGGAGAGUAUGCUGGGAGGCCAUGACACCAGCCGCAGCCCUGAGCUUGGAGCCGCUGGAAGUUGGGAUGUUUUUGAUAAGAGUAUUAUCAAUGUCCCAAACAGUCCCCAAGAAAAGGAUCAGGAAAGAGGCAAAACAUUUCUCCAAAUGUAUGAACAACAACUCAGACACUUUGGCAUGUUGCGGAGAUGGGAUGACAGUCAACAAUUUCUAUCUGACCAACCUCAGCUCAUCUGCGAGGAAACGGCCAACUACCUGAUCCUAUGGUGCUUCAGAUUACAGCAGGAAGGGAAAGAGGCUCUGAUGGAGCAGGUGGCCCAUCAGGCGGUAGCAAUGCAAUUCAUCCUGGAGAUGGCCUCUAACGCCCAGCUAGAUCCCAGAGGCUGCUUCAGGGAGUUCUUCCACAAAGCCAAAGCAGGAAAAGAGGGAUACUUGGACAUCUUCCAUGCAGAGCUUGAGGCCUUCAAAUGCAGAGUGAAAGAACACACAGUCAAGUCUCCUGCGGAUACACCCAAAGACAGUGAGCACCAGAGUGCUGGUACACGCUGCCAGCUUGAACCCAAAGAAGUCUUGGAGUCUUUGCAUCCAGCCGUUCCUGGGAUGCGGCAACGGGGAGGCAAGCAUGAUGACAGUUGCUAUGUGGCCCCAUGGAAGGUGGCAGAGUCCCAUAUGAAGCGCUGCUUAGAAGCUGGAUUGUGGACUAAGGAUGACACAACAGAUACAGAUGAUAUACGAAUGAUGGAGACCUCCUAGAAGACAUUGGCUCUCAUCCCACCCUGUUUCCUGUGUCCUUUCUGGAGCUCACCAUCAGUUCCUGGUUACACAAUAUUAUCUUUGUCAUUAACUCUCUAUACAGCUGACCUGACUGAAAAUGGCACAACAGAGCAGGGCUAAAUAAAAGCACGGUAAAUGUACACUGAUACUACGGGGUGGCAUAGUGUCCCAGUGGUUAGCACUGUUGCUUCACAGCAAGAAGGUCCUGGGUUUGAACCCCAGGCUGUCCCAGGUCCUUUCUGUGUGGCAUUUGCAUGUUCUUCCCGUAUCUGCGUGGGUUUCCUCCAGGUGCUCUGGUUUCCUCCCACCAUCAAAAAGGCAUGCAUGUUAGGGCUAAUACUCCCGUCAGUGCCCCUGACCAAGACAAUGGAAAGAAGAACAGGAGUUGGUCCCCGGGCGCUGCAGCUGCCCACUGCUCCUAUACAACAGGAUGACUUAAAUGCAGAGAACACAUUUAAUUGUAACCUGUACAAUGACAGAAAAAGUGGAUUCUUUCUGCUUGUCUCUGCACCAUACACCAUCUCUACACUACAGAAGAAUCUGCAGACAAAAUAUCGUAUUAUCUCAUGGGUAACUGUAAUUUCAUUUACUUGGCAAAAGUAAACUUGUUGCUGU